AUGAAUGUUGAUGCCAUUCAAUCACAACUCCGUCACCUAAUACAAAAGCAUAAAGCUUUAAUCGAGCGUAAGAAAAAUGAUCAGGAGAAUGAAAUGCUAGAUAGAGAAAUUUUCAAAAUACGCGAAGAAAUAAGUACUCUUAGCUCUAAACAGAGAUCCGUACUUGAAAACCUUAGGAAAGAAAUAAAACAACCUAAUAUAACCCAGCAUAUUUCUGCCAAGUUGAUUUCAAAAGCUCAUUCCACCUCCAAGUCCUUGAUAGGGUAUACAACGGAGAAUCAUCUACUAAGCAAGCGUAGAAUUACUGAUUUACGCAGAAAUGUACAUUACACCAAUGAUCAAGACGUUCAACAGAUGCCACAUGCUGCGCAAAACAAUCUGAUAACGUCCGUUAAUAGCGUCCAGAAAGUUAUCCCCGCAAUGCCCAAACUAAUAAGCACACCAAGGAGAAUCCAUGAUGAUGAUUGCAGAAAUCAGACGCUCUCCUUAAAUGGGGGUAACGUACCUUCGGCUUUCAUGGUAACUAAUAAGGAUGCAAUGAAAAGCGCAAAUACUAUGCGAGCAAAAAUUAUAAAUGAUAGUGACACUAAUAAUGGUGCAGACGGUAGAGGAAUCUCGUCUGUAGGUAUCGUUACUAAUUCACUAAGGCAAAAUUCUUCGCCUUUAAUGCGGUCUACAAAUUCAUUACAUGGAUUCACCAAUAAUGAGUCAUCAAGAUUAGAUCGCAAUUACUCGGAACGGGAUACUAAUUACGAGAAUGAAUCCAGCAGAAAUUUCGUCAGAUUAAAUGAGGAAAAGCACAGCGUGGCCAAAUUACAGUACAUGGCUAAGUUAGGGCUUAUUUUACCGGAAAAUGCGCGUGAAAUCGAAAGGAAGCGUGAUGAACGUAAGCGGCGUAGCAAAACUCAAGGCUUAAGUUCAUCUCAAGAAGCUUAUCAAAAAGGUCAACAAGGAAUAUCGUCUGGCAUUCCUUUAAAACGUGGAAGAGGACGACCACCUAAAAUAUCAACUUCUCGUCCACCUAUUAGCCCAAAUGAAAUUUCGUCUUCUGUGCCGUUAAGUCCGCAGGCCUUAAAUUCUAUAAAUAAGAUCAAUACUUCACAUAGAGCGCAAAGGGGUAGACCCCGAAAACGCCCGCUUCCAGAUGAAGAUUCUAGCGACGAGGAAGUUAACGAACAAGAUGACGUUUGCUGCGUUUGUAAUAAAGGUGGUGAACUUCUUAUUUGUGAUACUUGUAAUAGUGUUUACCAUUUGCGCUGCUUAGAUCCACCAUUAUCAAGUAUACCAGAUGGGAUGUGGAUGUGUCCUGAUUGCCACGCGAAGGGUGAUAAUAUAUCAGAUGAAUGGCCCGGAAUUUUGGUAGUAGUUCAUUCCUAUUUAAAGUAUAAAGCAGCUACCGAAGUAGAAAAAAAUAAAAUCAAUAUGAACAUUCAUCGUUUGAAAGAAAAGAUACAACGACUUGAAGAUGAAGCAGUUAUAUUAAGCAAUGAAGUCGUGAAUAAGGUCAAUACCACAACAGAUUUAAAGAAACGAUGUCGAAAACUCGAAAGUAAUUACCAAAAUUUAUAUGGGAUUAUUCAAGAUCUUAAAGGACGUUUGUAA